AUGUUUAACAGAAAAAGAAAGGGUGACUUUGACGACGAUGACGAGGGUUACCGUGAUUACCGCCCUCGUAUGCCUAAGAGACAGAGAAUUCCGCCUGUGGUCCAACUUUGUAAGGAAAUGAUGCCAGAUAUCUGCACCAUAGGAGAAUCUGUAAAGGCUUUUGAUGAUGACAUUAAAUUCUUAAGUGAAGCUAUCAUUAAUGAAUACGGCAAUGACGAUUAUUUUAAUAACGCCCUUUUCCAAACUUUACGUGCAGUUGUAAUAGAACAACCUCAAAAGAUUCCUGCCAUUGCUCUAUUGGUCAUUGUUGUUAAUGCCGACAAUGCAGUCGCUGGGAAGAGUAUUAUCAAUUAUUUUUUUGAAGAACUUCAAAAAUGUGUUAAGGAAACCGUUGACGAGAGUUUUGUAGCAACAUCUAACGAAACUGGUCCAUGGAAUAAAAUAAAAUUGAUUUUGAGAUUCCUAUCAACUCUAUCUCCUAUCAUUUUAAAAGAUGAUCUAAUUGCAAUCUACACUAAAUUGUUAAAAUUAAGUGUAGAUUUGAACAAUCAAGAUUUGGGGAAGAGAAAUCCACUUUCAGAAGCAAUCUUUACCAACACAUUGUUAAACAUUCCCUAUCUUUUUUACUUUAACAAGACUGAUGAACCAAUGAAAGAAAGUGUUGAAGAAUUAAUUUCUUAUUUGGAAGCAAACUACAACAGUAAGAUUGCCGAUAUUAGCUUGUUGAGAGAAUAUAACUCCAACAGUCCUUAUGAAAUAACAGAACUUAUUCAAGUUGCUUUACCGAAUAUAAAAAGAGCUUUAGCAAAUAAUAUGGAACAAUUGAAUGACUUGUUUAUCGAUUACUCCCAUCUAUUACCAACUCAAGAAAUAGAAAAAUCUGGUUUUAAUGACGCACUAGAAUUACCUACUUUGGAACAAUUAAUACCAUUCAGUAACCUUGAUAAGGAAUGUGGAUCUGUUGAUAGCAUGUGGAGGGUUCCAAGAUAUAUUUUCCAUGUCUAUCUACCAAACUCCACAGGAAACUUCGAAACCGUAGUUCCGAUCAGCUCUUUUGCUGGCCAAUUAUUCAAUGAUAUUAUUAUUGAUCUUGUGGAAAGCUUGGAAUUCAAUAGACAGGAAGUCUCAAAGCAAGUUAUGAGUCUUGACUUGUUUUUCAAGUCUGGUAUAUUUGUUGAACCCGGUGAAUCCAUCGCUGAUUUGAUUGCAGACCACGAAGAAGAUCCUCUAUCGUCAACCUUUAAAAUCGAAGAUCUUGCCAUUGAGGCAAUUCUAAGUUUAAUAUUUAAACUUCCAAAGGUUUCACAACCAUUUGCCUAUUUCUAUACUUUGUUGGUGGAUAUAUGUUUAAGUUCACCAAAGGCUAUCGCGCCUGUUUUUGGUAGAGCCUUCAGAUUCUUUUACAACAACUUAGAUGAUUUGGAUUUUGAAUUAAGAUUGAGAUAUUUAGAUUGGUUCUCCAUUCAAAUGAGUAAUUUCAACUUCUCUUGGAAAUGGAAAGAAUGGGAAGAUGAUUCUAUCAAACUGAACAAAAUAUUUUACAACCCUAAGAUAACUUUUAUUAGAAACUUAAUCCGUAAAGAAUUAAGGCUAACAUCUAAUAUUGCUGAAGUUGAAGACAGUUUACCAGAUGAAUUUAUUCAAUACUUGGAUACCUCAUACGUUCCUACGGAGGAGAUGCUUUCGUUUUAUCAAUCUUUAUUUACAGAACAUACUGUUACGGUUGAAGAAGUAUCUACUAAUGAUCUUUUCUUUAAACUAAGUAGUAUUCCAAUGGAUGAAUCUGUCCGCACGUUACUAGACUAUGUCCACAAGCAAAAUGAACAAAGAGAUGUGAAUGACUUGAAGACAAUUAUAUCAGAUAUUAAGGAACAAUAUGGAUCAACCGUGACUGAUUUCAACCGUUUCAUAAUAGUUUUAUUAAUUCAAUGUGUCGUCCAUUCUGGUAGUAGAUCCUUAUCUCAUGCCAACAAGUACAUUAGUGAUUUGAAAGACGAAUUAAAUGAAGUAUUCGGUGCCUUAGAAAUCUCUCAAGAAGAAAAGGAAUAUACUAUUAUUGAUGCUGUGAUGAAAUAUUGGAACAAAAACUCUCAAAAUGGGUUUUUAAUUGCUGAUGCCUUGAAAUUUGCGGGUUUGAUCAGUGCUAAGAGUUUAUACAAUUUCUGCUUUACGGAAAUUAAUGGGAAGAAUUAUGGUAUUGUGGAUGGUACUGCAAUCGAAGCCAUUUUUAGGAAUCUAUCACAGCAGGGGAUUAGUAACCCAGAAAAUGUCGAAGACUUCGAAUUUGUCUUUGAAAAACUUUGUAUUAUUGUAAAUGGUGUUGUUCAAGAACUAGGUGUGCAAACAACUGAAGAGAUUCCGGCACAAAUUCUUGACCCAGAAAUGGAAAUGGAUUUGGAAACUGAAGGUCCAAGAUUAAAUUCUCUUUGGAAAUACUCUACAACUGUUAGUUUUAUUAAGAGUAUCCUAAGAAGAUACUCUAAGGAGUAUCGUUUACUGAGUGAAAAAUUCAAGGGUGGCAUGGAUAAUGCAAUUGUCCAUGAACCGACGAAAAAGCAAAUCCUUGAAUGGAUCAAAGAAGUUGAUAUAAUUUAA